AAGCAGCGAUUUCAUGUAACUUUUAUUCAGUGCCAAUAAAAGUGAAAAACGAAAUAAAACCGUUUGCAAAGUGAAUUUCGACUAGUAUACAUUUUUGUAGUAAAAUCGCAAAAUAUUAAGAAAAAUUGCUAUGUAAUUAAAUUACUUUCAUUAUGUUACGUUUAUUUUAUCGUACUUUGAGAAAAUGUUUAUAAUCUUAUCGCUUCGUUGUAAAUAUGUAACAUUGAAUUGUUUAUGAAUGUUGCUUCAGGAACGAAUAAUAUAUUAUAUAAAAAAAUGUCUAAAAAGAUAUAACAUAGCGAUGCAAUAUUGAAAAUCUUAUUUUAUUGAGACAAAAUGUCAGAUAACAAUUUACCACAUAUUUCAUACGGACUUGAUUCACCUGGUAGAAUAGUACGCAUAGAAUCUAGUAUCACAAGGCCUGCUAUCGGUCGUCUUCCAAGUAUAGAAGAAACAUUGAGAAGACUUAGCACAAAUCUAAGAUCAGAAAGACAAAUUAACGAAUCAAAUAGCGGUGACAUAUCUGAUGUUCAACCUCCAGCAAUUGUAUCAGAUGAGGAACCAUUACCUAUCGUAUUAUCAGAAUCUAUAAACAAAGCACAACCAAAUGAUGCAAUCGAUGGGGCAUCUUCUCUAAAUCAACCAGAUGUUAAUGCACCAGUAAUAAAUACAGAAGAUGAUAAAAGAUAUUGUUGGGUAUGUUUUGCAACGGAUGAAGAUGAUGCAACUGCUUCAUGGGUAAAACCAUGUCAUUGUCGUGGUACAACAAAAUGGGUCCAUCAAGGAUGUAUUCAAAGAUGGGUCGAUGAAAAACAAAAAGGACGUGCAGGUGCACAUGUAGCAUGUCCACAGUGUAAUACCGAAUAUAUUAUCGUAUAUCCAAAUAUGGGACCGUUAGUAGUCGUAUUGGAUACUAUCGAUGGAGUAAUUUUCCGGAUUUGUCCAUUUAUCGCAGCUAGUAUACUUGCCGCAUCUAUAUACUGGACAGCUGUAACAUAUGGUGCUGUAACUGUAAUGCAAGUAGUCGGUCAUAAAGAUGGUUUAGCUAUGAUGGAACAAGCUGAUCCUUUGGUAUUACUAGUUGGUCUGCCAACUAUUCCAAUAAUAUUAAUUUUGGGAAAAAUGCUAAGAUGGGAAGAUCUUGCACUUAGUCUCUUAAGAAGACACGCAUGUAAGGUUCCUAUUUUGAGGCAUUUCUUGCCCAGUAGUUAUUCCAGCGACGAUAGAGCACAAUCCGAAGAUGUACCACCUAUGAGCGAUCCAAUAUCAGCAACUCGUAUUCUUUGUGGUGCACUUCUAUUACCUAGUAUCGCUAGCAUAUGUGGAAAAAUAUUUUUUGAAAGUAUACAUUCUAACUUUCAGAGAACAUUAUUCAAAAUUAAUUCAUUUUUACAGGGAGGUAUAGCAUUUAUAGUAAUAAAAGGUGCAUUCAAGAUUUAUCAUAAACAACAACAAUACGUAAGACAAUGUCAACGUCGUAUAAUGGAUUAUACAGAAAAUAAUGUUGCAUUAUAUAGAAGACAACAAAAUUCUGAAACCAAUCAGACAAGUUAAAUUAAAACAUUCAAAAUAUUCUUAAGGAAUAUCCUAAUAAUAAAACAAUAUAUUUCAGUUUAGAAAAACUAAACAUCAUAGCGUACUUUUAUCAUAAAAACAAUGUCCAGUGUAUUACUUUUACGUAACAAUAUAAGUUUAUGGGUACUUUAAUCAGGUCUAACGAUAUAUAAAUUUAUACAUCUAUAUCACUCGAUGCGUGUGCGCAUGUUACAUAUACGUAAUAAUCAAAAAUUAUCAUUUAUAUAAAUAUAAUUAACGAAUUAUUAUUUGUUCGAAGAGAAAUAUUCGAUCGAAAAAUAAGAAAUCGUUCAUUUUUCAAAUUUAAUUAUUAGAAAAGUUUAAUUAUUUAAAAAGUACGAUGACAAUGUCCAUUUAUCUUUUUCUGUAUAAUAAAUAAGAAUUAAGAUACGUCGAUAUUCUUAAUUCGAAUUUUCUUUAUUCGAAACAAGUAUACGAAAUAAAAUAUCAUUCAUCGUGCUAAAUCUAUAGUUCGUUAACAACAAAAAUUAUAUUUUUUACGAACCAAACACGGCACAAGUUUUCCGUGCAUCGACAAAAAUAGACAAGAUACGUUUUUAGCAAUUAUUCACAUUUUUACUAUUAAUGUAAAAAGGAAUACAAUCUUUAGAAAAAAAAUUUAUUUCUAUUAUAGAUAAGUUUUGAAUUAGGGUAUCGAAUUAUAUAUUAAUAUAUGUCAAAUAAAAAAGUUUUGAAAUAAAACCUUAUUUUAUGUAAAUGUUUUAUUCGCUGUAAAUAUAAGAAAUUCUAGUAAAUAUCAAUUUAAAUUAUGUUUUUAUACCUAAAUAAGAAAAUAUAUAAUAAUAAUUUAAAAUCGAAGCAAGCGUGCCAAAUAAUCGUCGAACAAAAACAAAAAAUGAAUAAAUUAAUUAGCUAACUCGUUCUUUCUAACCCGAUGACUCGUCGAUGGUAUACAGUUAAUGCUACUAUUGCAGCACGAUAAUGCUACUCUAUGCUUUCUACGAUCGACAAUUGUUUUUCGUAUAAUUUAUUAACAAAGCCGAAAUAAAAAUUUUCAUAAA